AUGGUCGUACCAACGAUUUCGUUGGAUGUUGAAGGUGUUCUGUUCAAAACAUCAAUUUCAACGUUGACCAAAGUCAAAGGCAGUUACUUUGAUCGAUUAUUCCAGAAUGACUGGAGAGAUCACCUUGAUAAGCACGGUCACCUGUUUGUCGAUCGCGACUCGACAAUCUUCCCGUUGAUCCUGAACUAUCUACGCGAUGGCAGUAUUCCUUUGCCUCGUGAUGAAUAUUAUUUGGAAAGAAUUUUGAGAGAAGCAAGGCAUGUCGCUCAUGUUGGAUGGAACGGGGGUGGGGUGAUCUUCGACGAACGUCGUCUCGACAAGCACAGCACCGUACCAGCAAUCAUCGAUGCCGCAAAUAAAAUUGAUCUCAACCCGGUUUACAACGUGGUCAACAACGAGAAUGGCUCCGAUAAAAGUCACGCCGUGGAGGUUGUCCUGGCUGGCUCAAUGAUGCAAACCAGAGAUCCGCUUUAUUGUAAACCUCAGCGCAAAGCGGCGAAAUUACCGCCCAGACGUUCUGUCGAGGCAUAG